AGGGGUUUGGCGUCGAAGCAGUUCGCCGCAGUUUGCGCUGUGCUCCCGUCUUGUAAGGCCGACAGUUUUUUACGACUGUGGACCGCAGUGCAGUGUCUUUGUGCCUGCGGCACCGCGAACCUUCUACGAUUAUGUCAUCUUUUCACCUGUACCAACUGUGAAAUCGUUUGCAUCCAAGUCAAAGAUGAGGGUUUUCCUUUGCUUUUCAUUGGUUUUGAGUGCUGUUGUAGCUCAUCCUGUCAAUCAAAGCACAAAAAGACCCGAUGAUGGACUUUUGGAACAGAAAGAAAUAGUUUGUCCUCCUUCGGACACCGACGCCUCUGAACAACUCUAUCUGCAUAGAGUUUUUGGAACCUUGCGCAACGAUGCUACAUUCCGAGAAAAACUUGUCCAAACAGACAUUCAAUCUAGUGAAAUUGCCUACGAUUUGAAGUCGGCAAGCCCUGACAUUCAAACACGUUUGCAUGAAGGUAAGAGGAUGGAAAUGGAACGCCUGGGAAGGAACUGUACCUUUGGUACAAAACAUAUUGAUUGUGCGCACCCUGAUUCCUUCAAAGAAGAGGACUUGAAAAAGACUUUGUCUGUGACGAUAAAGUACUUCGCAGUACAAUUUUUGGGUACUCCCAACCCGAAAACUUUCUUCCAUCUACAUGAUCGCAAUGGAAAUGGUGUGUUGGAAUUCGAAGAAGUUAAGGCCAUGAUAAAAGCUCAGUUAACUUUUCUGAGAAAGUGCAGUAGAGACUCGAAGACGGAUUUAGAUGAAGCAUCUGCAGCUGCUCUAAAAGACCGCCUGGAGCGUGUAUUCCAGGAUGGAGACACCAACAAAGAUGGCCUCACUACUUAUGAAGAAUUUCAACGGAUUUUCAUGACAGGAGUUCUGACAUGGUUUGACUUUCUGGCUGUCAUAGAUGAAGUCAUAAAGCAAACUCUUGAUGGCCUGGCCAGAGGCUUGAAACAGGUUGUUGAAGUGUUAAGACACUAGUGCUUUUUACGUCUUCCCUCAAAAAGUUUUUCACUCUGUCCGUUACGCGACCAAAACGCUGAGAAAUUUUAUGAGGCCUUAUUCCCAAUUUCUCAAGGCCUCAUUUUCAUUGCGCGUUUGUCGUUGGAGCUUGAAUCCAGCCCCCGCUAAGACAGGAACCCUGUUCGAAUGGCGCAGUCCCAUUGUGUCCGUUCAGUAUGUCAAACAAAUAAAAAAUAAAUACAAAAA